AUGUCGAAUACAAUUAAACAUCUAUCCAUUGAAUUACCAACCGAACAUAAUGUGACCCAAACUCCAAAACAACGUUCGAGAUGGCUUUCCAUCAUCUACAAUUUCAGCUCCGAAACAACAGCACAUGGAUUACCGCGAAUUGUUCAAAGUGAAAAUCGUCUUAAUCGUAUAUAUUGGUCCAUUGCAACAUUGACUUGUGCUGCACUGAUGAUCUAUUUUAUUAUUCGAGCAAUUUUAGAGUAUUUUACGUAUCCAACACAAAUUGAUAUCAGUAUUGAAUCAGAAUGGCCACAACACUUCCCAGCAUUUUCAUUUUGCAACGUUGGUGGAUUUCGUUUGGACGCCUUUGCUGUUCCAUUUGCGAAUUAUACGAAUUCACACAAUCUGACAAACACUAAUAAUGCAUCCACAGUAUAUUUAGAACAAAUUCCUUAUGUGAUUUCUUUUAUGCGUGAUCUACUCAGCCGAAAUUCAACCUUGGAACCGUUUGCUUUUCCGCUUUCGGCAAUGCUAGUCUCAUGUUCAUAUAAUUCUCAUCAAUGUACAACAGCAGAUUUCGUUCCAUUUAUACAUACAACUUAUGGAUACUGUUAUACAUUCAAUGGGAAAUUGAAAAAUGAAAGUGAAGGUAGCGUACGAGAUGGAACGGAAUACAAUGGUCUCGGCAUAUUGAACCUGGGUCUUUAUGUACACAGUAAUCAAUAUAUUCCUUAUAUGACCGACAGCGUUGGUAUAGUAGCUGUUAUUCAUGAUAAUACUCAAGUACCGUUGAUGGACACAGCCGGUUAUAAUUUAAAUCCAGGACAAAAACAUAAGCUCAGUUAUCGAAAGAAAAACUACGAAUUUUUACCUGCGCCAUAUACGUUGUGUAACUCGGAAACUGCUCCUUGGAUGCAAACUAUGUUUGAAAGUUAUGAAAAAUUUGAUUACAAGUACUCAAAGCCGCUCUGUAUCAAACUCGAUGCACAGAUAUUUACGUAUGAGAAAUGUGGUUGUGUUAAUCCUUAUUAUUGGGAUAUUCGAUCAGUUCUUUCACCGAAAACCAAUACUGUUAUUUCUGCUUCUCUUUGCAAUGUGACUGACAACUGUUAUACAGAAGCUGCGAGUGCAUAUGUUAACAGGACGAAAAGUAUAAAUGAAAAUGAUGGAGCGUCAUGUCCACAAGAAUGCGAAAUGAAUGAUUUCAUUAUUAAGAAAUCAUCACUAGCAACACCCACUCUAUGGCAACUGUACGGUAUUAAGUCGUUUGUUGAAAAUUCGUCAAUACCUCAACCUUCAGAUUGGUCAACAUCAUGGCCUGACUAUAUUUCUGAAAAUUAUCUCGCUGUAAGUGUUGUGCGCGAGACAGAUGUCGUCGAAAAGAAUAUUCAAUCAGCGUCGCUUAGCAUUGGAGAUGUUAUUUCGAACAUUGGAGGGCAAACAGGACUAUGGAUUGGAAUUAGUAUUCUUUCGGUUAUGGAGUUAUUUGAAAUGAUCUAUCGAUUGCUACGAUUAAUCAAACGAAGAAAUAAAUGA